AUGCCUCAGCUGGGGCGGCGCGAAGAUCAGGAAAAUAAAAAACCUUCGCGCGGUGUCGCAAGCAUAACGGUCUCCGGACACUGCGUCACCGCCACCUGUCGCCUCUUUCCGGAAUCGAGGCGUCGCGGCCCUGGAGCCAGUCACGUUCUUCGGAGCCGAAUGUCGCCGCGACGCCCCAUUCUCGGAAGCAGGGAGGUGUCGUCUUCGAGGAGUCGCCCGCCCGUAUAUGGGACCCUCUGUAGCGGGCGUAAGAACGAACCGGGUACGCGAUCUGCCCCUCAACCUGGCCUCCUGCGCUCGGGUAACCCCCUCCUUCUCCCGCUCCUUCUGAGGUUGGGUAAUCCCGUGACACUAGGACACACUGUGCAUACCUCCACACUCCACCUACUGCUCCACACUCCGCCUAAGCUGCUCCGCCUAAAGCCUCCACACUCCACCUGCUCACACUCCGCUAAUCUCGCCUACUGCUCCACACUCCGCCUAAAGCUCCACACUCCGCCUAAAGCUCCACACUCCACCUACUGCUCCACACUCCGCCUAAACUCCACACUACUGCUCCACACUCCGCACUCCACCUACUGCUCCACAACUCCGCCUAAAAGCUCCACACUCCACCUACUGCUCCACACUCCGCCUAAAGCUCCACACUCCACCUACUGCUCCACACUCCGCCUAAAGCUCCACACUCCGCUCCACACUCCGCCUAAAGCUCCACACUCCUCCUACUGCUUCCACACUCCGCGCUGCUCCACACUCCGCACUCCACACUCCACCUACUGCUCCACACUCCCUCCACACUCCACCUACUGCUCCACACUCGCACUCCACACUCCAACCUACUGCUCCACACUCCGCCUAAAGCUCCACACUCCACCUUACUGCUCCACACUCCGCCUAAAGCUCCACACUCCACUACUGCUCCACACUCCGCCUAAAGCUCCACACUCCACCUACUGCUCCACACAAAAGCUCCACACUCACCUACCUGCUCCACACUCGCGCAUAAGCUCCACACCUCAACCUACUGCUCCACACUCCGCUAAAGCCUCCACACUCCGAUGCCUACUCUCCCACACUCCACUCUGCUCCACACGUUCGCGGUGCCUAAAGCUGCUCACACUCCGAUCCUACGCUCCACCUCCGCAUUUAAAGCUCCACCUGCCUUACUACGUGCCUCCACACUCUCGCAGUAAAUGGCUGCCACACGGUCACCUCUCCACACGUCCACCUACUGCUCCACACUUCCGCAUAAAGCUGCCACACUUCCACUACUGCCUUCCACACUCCGCCCUAAAGCUCCACACUCCACCUACUGUGCCACCACCGCCUUUGACGCUCCACACUCCACCUACUGCUCCAACUAAAGCUCACACUCCACUACUUGCUCCACACUUCCGCAUAAACUCCACACUCCACCUACUCUCCACACUCCGCCUAAGCUCCACACUCCACUUGCCCUCCACACUCCGCCUAAAGCUCCACACUCGCUUACUGCUCCACACUCAGCAUAAAGCUCCACACUCCACCAACUGUUCCACACUCCGCCUAAAGCUCACACUCCACUACUGCUCCACACUCCUCCACACUCCACCUACCCACACUCCGCCUAAGCUCCACACUCACUACUGCUCCACACUCCGCCUAAAGCUCCACACUCCACCUACUGCUCCCACACUCCCUAAAGCUCCACACUCCACCUACUGCUCCACACUCCGCAUAAAGCUCCACACUCACCUACUGCUCUCCACACUCGCUAAAGCUCCACACUCCACCUACUGCUCCACACUCCGCCUAAAGCUCCACACUCCACCUACUGCUCCACACACUCCGCCUAAAGCUCCACACUCCACCUACUGCUCCACACUCCGCUCUAAAGCUCCACACUCCACCUACUGCUCCACACUCCGCCUAAACUCACACUCACCUGCUGCAAAGCCACCUCCACCUCUGCUCCACACUCCGCAUAAAGCUCCACACUCCACCUACUGCUCCACACUCCGCCUAAAGCUCCACACUCCACCUACUGCUCCACACUCCGCAUUAAACUCCACACUCACUUACUGCUCCACACUCCGCCCUAAAGCUCCCACACUCACUUACUGCUACCUGCCUCUUCACACUCCGCUCCACACUCGCCUAAAGCUCCACGCUCACUCCACACUCCGCCUAAGCUUCCACCUACUGCUCCACACUCGCCUAAAGCUCCACACUCCACUGCUCCACACUCCACCUACCCACACUCCCUCCACCUGCUCCACACUCCACCCUACUGCUCCACACUCCACCUACUGCUCCACACUCCACCUACUGCUCCCACACUCCACCUACUGCUCCACACUCCGCCUAACUGUCCAUACAGCACCUAAGGGUCUUUGGUUCCAAAUCUACAUUUCGAAACCACAUUGCGAACGAGGUGAUCCGGAAGGUGUGAGUCUCCUGUCACGCCUUGAAGUGGGUGUGCAGUACCGAAGCUGUACCGAACGCAAGGUCCGGUACAGUGAUCCUCAAAGCACUCGUGACAGCUACGGAUGUGCCAUUCAAAUGCAGAAUGUCAAAAUGGAAGUAAUUUCAUAUGAAACGUUUAGGUGGCUGGACCCGACACAGUACCUCGCUGGACUGCUGAAUAACAUCCCACGUCUUGCUUGCGCCAUAUCCUGUGAUUCUGGCUACGUUCUAGCCUGGCAUCUGACUUUCAUCUGA